AUGCCCAUCUCUUCGCUCCUCUCGCCGGAAGAGACGAAGCCCGAUUCCUUCACGUCUCCAAUGGCUACGACCAUGACCCGAACACCCGCUUCCUCGUUCUCUUCCGAGCGCAACCACUCCUUCGUCACCGGAAUGUCAUUUGCUUUCCCGACUGGCGACGCAUAUCCUUCUCCGCCGAUCGGAGACUACGAUCCACACUCCCAGAAGGAGAACAACAAUUGCAAUGAGGAGGAUGGAGUGCGCGACCCGCAGCUCUUCAAGGCCAGCGACCCUGUUGCCCUGAUCCCUUCGGACGAGCCACUCUUCCCACCCGGCGAAACUGUCGAUCUGGCCGCCAAACAUGCUAUCAAUGCGCAUAUGGCUUCUCCGCAAUUUGCGAGCCUCCAUGCAAAGCCAACCAAGGAGGAGUAUGAGCUCGCCAUUACCUGUUUCUCGCAAGUCUCAGUCGUUAGCCGUAAGAUGGGAGGCCGCGAGUGGUAUCGUCAGGAGCGAGAGUUCGACAAUUGGUACGGCUCAAGCGCCAACCGUGUCGCCAAGUCGAAGUCGGCCGCCUCCAAGCCCCUCAGGAAAAUACUACCCGCACCUGCGCCCAGCUCGAGGAGGCAGAAGACUCACCUCCCCCGGCCGUCUGUGACGAAGCCAAAGCGGACUCCCAAGGCCCGCGUCUAUGACUCUUUCGUGCAGGGUGCCUCUCUAUCGCCAAAGCCGGCGAAACUUGCCACGAACCGCGACGACACCGACUACAAGGCCUUGCCAGAUUUCUCGCCACCCAACACUCUCGCUUCGAACAGCAAGAUGCUGAACGCUGACUGGAAGGGCCAGAAGCUCGACCUCUCCAACGAUCCCGACCGCCAUCUGGUCCACGAGAAUGAAGUCAACCUCGCUUCGACACUUCGCCUGUCUUGCGCCACCUACCUCUGCAGCAAGCGACGCAUCUUCCAGGCCCGCAUCGACGCCCUCCGCAUCGGCAAAGAAUUCCGCAAGACGGAUGCCCAACAGGCUUGCAAGAUCGACGUCAACAAGGCUAGCAAGCUCUGGACUGCCUAUGAGAAAGUUGGAUGGUUUCGCAAGGAGCACUUCAUGCAGUUCAUGCAGCACGUCUAG